AUGGCGUCGGAUGGAGGCACGGCGGGGGAGGAUCCGCUGUGCGUGGAGCUACCCGAGCGGCUGGCCAUCCUGCCGUUCCGCAACCGCGUGCUGCUGCCGGGGGCUAUCGUCCGCAUCACGUGCUCCGAUCCUAGCAGCGUGCGGUUGGUGGAGCAGGAGCUGUGGCAGAAGGAUAAGCCCGCGCUGAUUGGAAUCGUACCCGUUAUAGAGCCUCCUGCUUCCGCGGAUAGCACUGGUAGUGGUGCUGCUGCUAGCGGUGCUGCUGCUAGUAACGGAGCUGCUAAUGGCGGUGAUGGAAACGCGGAAGGAGGAACCGGAGGAACAGGAGGGACUGGGGAGAAGGCAGGGGGUGGGGAAGGGGCGCCUACUAGUAGCGGUGAGGGAAAGGCGGUAGUGCGCGUGUGGGGGCCCAGCGGGCCAGAGGAGAUGGCAGGGGGAACGCCAAGGCUGCUGCUGGAAGACGUGAAGUGGCACCCCAGGGGCGUGGCAGCACGAGCGCUGCAUGUGGCUAAGGGCGUGGAGAGGCCCACAGGCCGGGUGACGUAUGCGGUGGUGCUGCAGGGCGUGUGUCGCUUUGCUAUCCUCUCAAUCAACUCGCGAGGGCCAUACCACGUGGCUGGGGUGUCUCAACUCGAUGCCACUCCCCAGGAGGCGGACCGUGUGAGAGGGGAUGACGAGGUGAGGCGGUUGGGAAGGCAGCUGCUGCGAGUGGUGGAGGAGCUAGCACGGGUGAUGGAGCAGGAGAAGCAGCGGCAGGUGACAGGGCUGAGAAAAGUAGCAGCAGAGUCCCAGCAGGCAUCGGCCGGGGAGAUGCAGAGGCUGGCAGAUAUGCUCGUGGCCAGCGUGGAGGGCGGGCUGGCAGCGCGCCUGGCGAUGCUGGACGCGGUGAACCCGCGGAUGAGGCUGCAGCUCGCUGCUGCUAUUAUUUCCCUGCACCUGGAGAAGCUUCGCCUGGUGCAGCAAGCCAGCAGUGGCGGCAAGAAGAAAAAACCCUCUUCUUCUGCCACCAAGCCCCCUUCGCUGCAGCUCGGCCCCCCUCCCCCCUCCUCCUCUUCUGCCACUUCUGAAGGAAAGGGCAGUGGUGGAGGUGAGGGGAAGGAGCGUGGGGGGGCGGCAGGGGAUGGUGAGGAGGGGGAGGAAGAGGAGGAGGAGGAUGAUGACGAUGAUGAUGACGUGGCGGUGCUUGAGAGGCGCAUGAAGGAGGUGAAGAUGCCUCCCAACGUGUGGCGCCACGUGCGACGUGAAUUGAAGCGGCUUCGCAAGAUGCAGCCGCAGCAGCCGGGCUACAGCACAACCCGGCAGUACCUGGAGCUUCUCAGCGACCUCCCCUGGGGAAUUUCGUCUCCCAUUACUGCUGCUGGUGGUGGUUCUACUGGUGGCAGCAGCAGCAGCGCGCUGAUAGACGUGGCAGCAGCGAGGGAGCAGCUGGACAGGGAGCACUUUGGGCUGGAGAGGGUGAAGCAGCGCAUUCUCGAAUACAUCGCCGUCAGGAAGCUCAAGCCUGACGCCACGGGCCCUGUGCUGUGCUUCGUGGGACCCCCUGGCGUGGGCAAGACUUCCCUGGUCUCCUCUAUCGCCAAGGCCCUUGGGCGCAAGUUUGUGAGGAUAGCGCUGGGAGGGGUGAAGGACGAGGCGGAUAUCAGAGGGCACAGGCGGACGUACGUUGGGAGCAUGCCUGGCAGGCUGAUUGAAGGGGUGAAGCGUGUGGGGGUCAACAACCCAGUCAUGCUGCUGGAUGAGAUUGACAAGACGGGUGCUGAUGCCAGGGGUGACCCUGCUGCUGCUCUCCUGGAGGUGCUGGACCCCGAGCAGAACAAGUGCUUCCAGGACCACUACUUAGGAGUUCCCUUUGAUCUCUCGCGGGUGGUGUUUGUGGCGACGGCCAACCGUGCAGCACCCAUCCCAGCCGCUCUGCUGGACCGCAUGGAGGUGAUCGACCUGCCGGGCUACACCCCGGAGGAGAAGCAGCGAAUCGCCACACGCCACCUCAUCCCGCGCGUGCUGGAGCAGCAUGGCAUCACCAAGCGCCACCUCCAAAUAUCUGAUCACGCAGUGGAGUUGCUCAUAACGCGCUACACAAGGGAGGCGGGAGUGAGGAAUCUGAGCCGCCUGCUGGCAGCACUGGCCAGGCACGCUGCCGUGCAGGUGGCCCAGUCCAACCGCUGCAUCCGCGUGGCGAGGGAAGUGGGGGGGUCCCCCCCUACCCCUGGGACUGCCUCUAUCACUGGACCUGCCGAUGCACCCAGCUCUGCUGCUCCUACUGCGACAUCUGACCCGCUGGCGGCAGCAGCAGCAGUGGGGGACGCCAAGGCGGAGCUCGAGAUGGAAGUGGAGGCGAUAGGCAUGGAGGGCAAGGAGGUGGCGGCAGUGAUGGCGGAUUCAGACCCCAUGGAGGUCACAGAGGAGAUGCUGGAGAAAGUGCUUGGGCCUCCUAAGUUUGACGGCAGGGAGGCAGCAGAGAGGGUGGCAACCCCAGGAGUGGCGGUGGGUCUGGUGUGGACAGCAGUGGGGGGCGAAGUGCAGUUCGUUGAAGCAACAGACAUGGUGGGGAAGGGAGAGCUGCAUCUGACAGGACAACUCGGAGACGUCAUUAAAGAAUCGGCCCAGAUUGCUCUCACUUGGGUCCGUGCCAGGGCAGCAGAGUUCUUCCCACCACCGCCUACCUCCACCCCUCCCUCCUCCUCUCCUCCGCCAUUCACCCCAUCAGACCAUCCAUUUGACGACACCACACCUGCUGCUGACCACCUCCCCCCUCUCGGCCCUUACGGUGCUGUCUCCUCCUCCCCUGCAUCUGCCCCUACCGUCGUCCCCACCAUCAUGCCGUCCUCCUUCGCACCUCCUGUCACUUCUCCUACUCCUGCUGCUGCUGCUGCUGCUGCUGCUGCUGCUGGUACUUAUGCUACUGCUGCUUCUCGCACUGCUGCUCCCUCUUCUUUUGCAGCAGUUGCUGCUGCUCCCUCCGCCACUGCUGCUUCUGCUUAUGCCAGCAUGGCCUACCCAAGCACUGCUUCUGUUACCAACGGCAAGAGCAGCAGCAGCAGCAUCCGCCGAGGCAGCAACAGCCCAUCUUCAACUGGACCCGUGCCUCUACCACGCAAUCUCAUGGAGGGGCGAGACAUUCAUAUCCACUUCCCUGCAGGUGCUGUGCCCAAGGAUGGCCCUUCGGCCGGUGUUACGCUGGUAACCGCGCUCGUGUCUCUCCUCUCCAACCGCUGUGUGCGGUCCGACACGGCCAUGACGGGCGAGCUCACGCUCAGGGGUUUGGUUCUGCCUGUUGGGGGCGUCAAGGAGAAGAUUCUCGCUGCCCAUCGCUGCGGCAUCAGGCGAGUUAUUCUGCCCGAAAAGAACAUCAAGGAUCUCCAGGAGGUGCCGGCUGCUGUGCUGGCAUGCAUGGAGAUCCUUCCAACGAAGCGAGUGGAAGAAGUGCUUGAAGAGGCGUUUGAGGGCGGCAGUCCCAUCGGCCCUCGCAGCCUGCUCCUUUUUGUCGUGAUUUUGAUCCACCUCCAAGGUGUAGUUCGUGAAUUGUUCGCGAAUGCGUUCGUUGCUGACUCGCAACCGCAAAUCCGUCAACUCCAAGGUCGUCCGAAUGACGUGGCCGAGAAGCUGGCUGACGCGUCGUUGGCCGACAGCGCACCAGCAGCCGACGCCGCUGCUGCAGCUUCCGCGAAACCUGAGAAAGCCGCUAAAGCGAAGGGUGCAGACAAGGGCGCCGACAAAGCCGCUGCCGCCGCGGCUGCCGCUGCGAAAGAGGCGGCGAAGAUCGCGCCGGAGAUUCAGGCGUUUUUCAAGAGGCGGAUCGAGAUGUUCGAGGCGCUUCAGAAGGAGCAGGCAGAGCAGAGGGCGAAGAUCGCUGGCGAACCGAUCAAGAUCACCCUGCCCGACGGUGCUGUGAAGGAGGGCAAGAAGUGGGAGACCUCCCCGAUGGACGUGGCCAAGGGCAUCUCGCAGGGACUCGCCAACAGCGCCAUCAUCUCCAAGGUGGAUGGCGUGUUGUGGGACAUGUGCCGGCCCCUGGAGGGCGACUGCUCGCUGCAGCUGUUCACGUUUGAGGAUGACGAGGGCAGGGACACCUUCUGGCACUCCAGCGCUCACAUUUUGGGAGAGGCUCUGGAGCAGGAGUAUGGGUGUCACCUGUGCAUUGGGCCUUGCACCACGCGAGGCGAGGGAUUCUAUUAUGAUGCUUUCUACGGGGACCGUACCCUUAAUGACGAGCAUUUCAAGGCCAUUGAGGGCAAGGCAGGCAAGGCCGCCAAGGAGAAGCAGGCGUUUGAGCGGAUUGAAGUCACCAGGCAGCAGGCGCUCGAGAUGUUUGCCGAUAACCCCUUCAAGGUGGAGAUCAUUAACGAGCUGCCAGAGGACAAGACCAUCACUGUGUACCGCUGUGGGCCGCUGGUCGACCUGUGCCGUGGUCCCCACAUCCCCAACACUUCCCAUGUUAAGGCCUUUGCCUGCCUCAAGGCAUCAGCAUCGUACUGGAGGGGGCAGUCUGAUAGAGAGAGUUUGCAGCGAGUGUACGGUAUCUCGUAUCCUGACAGCAAGAAGCUCAAGGAGUACCUGCACGUGCUGGAGGAGGCCAAGAAGCGGGAUCACCGUGUGGUGGGGCUUGCACAGGAGCUCUUCUUCUUCCACCCGCUCAGCCCUGGGAGCUGCUUCUUCCUGCCGCACGGCGCGCGGAUAUACAACAAGCUGGUUUCGUUCAUUCAGGGCGAAUACAGGAAGCGAGGCUAUCACGAGGUCGUGACGCCCAACAUGUUUAAUAUGGAGCUGUGGAACAUCUCAGGCCAUGCGGCCAACUACAAGGAGAACAUGUUUGUCUUUGACGUUGAGAAGCAGGAGUUUGGACUCAAGCCAAUGAACUGCCCCGGCCACUGCCUCAUGUUCGCGCAUAGGGUGCGCUCCUAUCGAGAGCUCCCACUGCGAUUCGCUGAUUUCGGCGUGCUUCACCGCAACGAGCUCAGUGGCGCUCUCACUGGCCUGACACGCGUGCGAAGGUUCCAGCAGGAUGACGCCCACAUCUUCUGUGAGGAGAGCCAGGUGGAGGCGGAGGUCAGUGACGUGCUGGACUUCCUGCAGACUGUCUACGGCAUCUUUGGCUUCACGUUCGACCUGGAGCUGUCCACGCGCCCAGAGAAGCACCUGGGGGAGGUGGAGACGUGGGACCGCGCCGAAGCCGCCCUCACCAAGUCUCUGAACGCCUUCGGGCGGCCGUGGCAGAUCAACGCGGGCGACGGGGCGUUCUACGGGCCCAAGAUUGACAUCACGGUGUAUGAUGCGCUCAAGAGGAAGCACCAGUGCGCCACCAUCCAGCUCGAUUUCCAACUGCCCAUCCGCUUUAAGCUGGAAUACUCUGCUGACGAUGACGCUGCGGGCAGGAAGCGGCCGGUCAUCAUCCAUCGUGCCAUCCUGGGUUCAGUCGAGCGCAUGUUUGCCAUCCUGCUGGAGCACUUCGCUGGCAAGUGGCCCUUCUGGCUGAGCCCCCGCCAGGUCACCGUGUGCCCCGUCUCUGAAAAGUACUCGCAAUACGCCACCAAGGUUCGUGAUGAGAUCCAUGCUGCCGGCUUUGACGUCGAGGCUGAUCUCUCUGACAGGAAGCUUCAGAAGAAGGUGCGGGAGGCCCAGCUGGCUCAGUUCAACUACAUUUUGGUGGUGGGAGCGGAGGAGGAGGCACAGGGCUCGGUGAAUGUACGCACACGAGACAAUGUGGUUCACGGCACAAAGUCCAUUGCCGAAUUCAUUGAGGAGCUUAAAGCCGAGGCUGCUGCUCACGUGCUUUAUUAUCACGCCUCCUUCCCUCCCAACCCCUUCUUCCUUUCCUUUCUUCUCUGGCUUCGGCUUCCUUCCCCCUCCUCUCUCUGUUAUCCUCCAAUUCCCCUUACUGAGGUACAAAGCGGUGCUGAGCGGUUGAGCAAGAUGCAGAUCUUCGUGAAGACCCUGACGGGCAAGACCAUCACUCUCGAGGUCGAGAGCAGCGACACCAUCGACAAUGUCAAGGCCAAGAUCCAGGACAAGGAGGGCAUCCCUCCCGACCAGCAGCGGCUGAUUUUCGCCGGCAAGCAGCUCGAGGACGGCCGCACGCUUGCGGACUACAACAUCCAGAAGGAGUCGACUCUGCACUUGGUGCUGCGGCUGCGUGGAGGAAUCAUCGAGCCUUCUCUCAUGGCGCUCGCUCGCAAGUACAACGCCGAUAAGAUGAUCUGCCGCAAGUGCUACGCCCGCCUGCACCCGCGCGCUGUGAACUGCAGGAAGAAGAAGUGCGGCCACACGAACCAGCUGAGGCCCAAGAAGAAGAUCAAGUAG